AUGCAGAGUCACUGUGAGCUUGCUGAGCAUGCCCAUCAACAGCAUGCCGAGGACGCAAAGGAGUUCGUGGUAGAGGCAAUCACUUUCCGAACUGCAAGUCUCAGAAAUAUCGCAUCGAAGUGUUGGGGAGAUCCAGGAAGACUUCAUACUCUGGACACGGUGUCAAUUCAGUUGAUGCCAACUCGCGAUCUGAUGGCGUCCAGUUCUACAGGCCAGCACGAGACGCCAGCUGAAAUGUAUUCAUGCUGGAUGUACGGACAGAGGGCGUUAUGGGUGGACGAUGCGUUCAACCUAACGUCCUACUUGCUAAGGUUGACCACUGUAAUUGUAGCGGAUGAAAGGGAUUGA